ACCAACGAAGGAGAAUGAGACUCUCGUGACACUUGACAUGUAAACAUGAGCGAAUGAUGCGACUCACCGAGCCGUUUUAAUCGAAACCCACUGGAUAAUAUUGAGAGGAGACUCGAUGGCUACUGGUUGGACUGUUUGCUUGUCUUUUGCCCGCCUCGCUGAAGUGCAGGGUUAGCGUCACCGCAGUGACCGAAGCUGUGCUCGGACAGCCAUGUCCCUGCUGAGGACAUGUCAGCCCACUCAAGUGGCGCGUCUCGCCGGCUCUUUCUGCCGAGCAGCAGCGAGACACAGGCGAGGCGCGCAGCCGUCAAAGAGAGGGAGCUCCACGGUACAGACGGAGGUGAGAGUUCGGUUCGCGCCGAGUCCGACAGGCUUCUUGCACCUCGGAGGCCUCCGUACUGCGCUCUACAAUUACAUCUUCGCCAAGAAAUUUGGAGGCUCGUUCGUCCUGCGGCUGGAGGACACGGAUCAGAGCCGACUGGUUCCAGGAGCCGCUGACUCCAUCGAGGACAUGCUGGAAUGGGCUGGGAUCCCCCCGGAUGAGAGUCCUCGCCGAGGCGGGCCGCUGGGCCCCUACCUGCAGUCACAGCGCCUCCCUCUCUAUCAUGAAGCGGCGGCGCGGCUGGUGGAAAGCGGUGGCGCGUACCGAUGUUUCUGCAGCGCCCAGAGACUGGAGCUGCUCAAGAAAGAGGCUCUGAGGAGCGGACAGACGCCCAGGUAUGAUAACAGAUGUCGGCAUCUGGACCCGCAGCAAGUGCAGGAGAAACUAUCGCAAGGAAUGCCCCACGUGAUCAGGUUCAAGCUGGAAGAGGGAGUGGAACCUUUUGAAGACAUUGUCUUUGGGUGGAACCGUCACGAGGUGGCUCAGGUGGAGGGCGACCCCGUGGUGAUCAAAGCGGACGGCUUCCCCACCUAUCACCUGGCCAACAUCGUCGACGACCACCACAUGAAGAUCAGCCACGUCCUGCGAGGCUCCGAGUGGCUCAUCUCCACCUCCAAGCACAUCCUGAUGUAUCGCGCUCUGGGGUGGCAGCCGCCCACCUUUGGUCACCUGCCGCUGCUCACCAACAAAGAUGGCAGCAAGCUGUCCAAGAGGCAGGGCGACAUCUUCAUCCAGAGCUUCAGGAGGAAGGGCAUCCUGCCCGAAGCUCUGCUGGACAUCACCACCAACUGUGGAUCUGGAUUCAACAGUAACCAGAUGGGACGCAGGAUGGAGGAGCUGAUUGCUGAAUUCACUCCGUCAAAAAUCACAACCCACUCGGCUCUGAUCGACCUGGAGAAGCUGCCAGAGUUUAACAAACUCCAUCUGCAGCACAGAAUCGAAGACGAGCACAAGUGUCGGGCUCUGAUCCAUGACCUUCAGGUUCAAAUCCGACAGACCUAUGCAGCGGAGAUCCAGGAUCAGGACGUUCUCCAGGAGGACUACAUCCGGAGGAUUCUCCAUCUCAGGAAGGGUCACGUGUCCUCGCUGCAGGAUCUAGUCAGUCCAGCCUACUCCUACCUCUGGGUGCGCCCCUCCUUCUCCCACCAGCAGGCGGCGCUGCUGACCCCAGAAGCCCAGCACAUCGCCUCGCUGGUGCUCCAAUUAAUAGGCGAAGAUGUUCCGUCUCUGCAGCAGCUCACCGCAGACCUGAAGAGACUGGCCAAGCAAACCCAAGUCACCAAGUACAAAGACGUGAUGAAGCUGCUGCGCCUGACUCUCAGCGGCCUUCAGCAAGGUCCCAGCGUGGCGGAGAUGAUGGUGUCGCUGGGGCCGGCCGAGGUCCGACAUCGAGUCCAGAAGCUUCUGCGGAGCGAGUCGACGGCGGGCCUGGACCAGAACCUCCUGCACAGCAGCAGCGGCGGCGAGCUCAUGUCUCAACCUUGAUAAAAACCAGUCAGAAUAAAGGUUCAAAUCCCGCUGACUCCACAUGGUUUUAUAGUCACAUGCAUGUAGACUUACUGUGCAACAAUAAAGAGGAAGUGGGUUCUGGUUCUGUACAUGGUUGCCGUGGCGACGCCUCUCUCGUCUCACCCCGCACGGUUCUCACCAUCAAAGCGUCGUGGUGUUCCUCACGGCUCCAUUCUCUGCCGUG